AUGUCAAACACAACAACCCCCAAGCCAAAGCGAGACAUGAAAGUCCUCUGUCUCGGCCUCCCUCGCACAGGCACAGCAUCCAUGGCAGAGGCUCUCACUGUUCUCGGCUACAAAGACGUGUUCCACGGCCUCAAAAUCCUCGACGACAAAGAAGCCUGGAAGAAUCUCGAGCGCGCAACAGACGCUUCAUUCCCGAAUCUUUUCACGUACACUGGAAAACCAUUCACUCGUGAACAGUGGGAUGAGAUCUGGGGAGAAUGUGAAGCCACUACCGAUGUAGCGUCCAUCUACGCCCCGCGGCUCAUUGAGACGUACCCCGAUGCCAAAGUCAUCCUUGUAAUUCGAGAUUUCGACCCUUGGUUCAAGAGCGUUGACGAUAGUGUCCUCAAACAACUCUGGAACCCAAUCGCCGAGUUCUCCAUCAAAUUCGUCGAGCCGCUCCUUGGGUCUAGAGCAGGCCCAGCGGCGCGAAAGCAAAUGCUAGGACUUUUCCAAGCUAAUACAGUUGAAGAAGCUCGUAAGAACGCAAGAGAAACAUAUGAUCGUCAUCAUCGUGUUAUUCGAGAGAUGGUGCCCGAGGGACAACUACUCGAAUAUUGCAUGGGCCAAGGCUGGGAGCCCAUUUGUGAGUUUCUGGAUAAGCCUGUGCCGGAGAAGGAGUUUCCCUGGGUGAAUGAGGCAGCGGAACUACGGAGAAUUGUGAAAGAGAAGGCUAAGAGCAAUCUUGUUGCUGCUAUGGUGGUUGUUAUGCCGUGGGCUGGUGCGGUUGCUGCUUUGGGAGCUGGAUACUGGAUGGUGUAUAAGAGAUGA